AAAAUAGAGGGCACAAACGUCAACUUCUUCUGAUAUGUCAAAGUCUCGCGAUAACAUACCUGAGCGGGUUUGCUGGCAGUGACACCUGAGGCUCGGGACAGGAGUAGGAGACCGGGGACAAGAGGCGACUCGAGGAUGUCUUUGAAUGAAGAGGGUUAUGUGGUUCGGAUCAGAGGACUGCCCUGGUCCUGCACGCAGGAGGAGGUUGCCAGUUUUUUCUCUGACUGUGACAUCGUUGGGAAAGUAAACGGAGUGUGCUUCACCUACUCUAAAGAAGGCCGUCCCAGUGGAGAGGCAUUUAUUGAGCUGAAAACAGCCGAGGAUUUCAAGAAUGCCCUUGCCAAGGACCGAAAAUACAUGGGCCACCGAUACAUAGAGGUGUUCAAGUCAAACCGUAGUGAGAUGGACUGGGUGCUGAAACGUAGCGGUCCUGCUGACUAUGACAGCUGUAGUGGCUGCAUGCUGAGACUUAGAGGCCUUCCCUUUGGCUGCAGCAAGGAGGAGAUUGUCCAGUUCUUCUCAGGGUUGAGAAUCGUGCCAAAUGGGAUUACUCUGCCAGUGGACUACCAGGGGAGGAGCACAGGGGAAGCCUUCGUGCAGUUUGCUUCAAAGGAGAUAGCAGAAAAGGCUCUGGGGAAACACAAGGAAAGAAUAGGGCACAGGUAUAUAGAGAUUUUUAAGAGCAGUCGUAAUGAGAUCAGAGCCUACUAUGAGUUGCCUCGGCGGGGAAUGGGAGGCCAGAGACCAGGGCCCUAUGAUAGACCCGUGAUGGGGGGCCCAAGAGGAGGGUUCUUUGCGCCUGGGCCUGGCCGCACUGGGGCUCUGAUGGACACCAUGAGGAGUGGAGGGGGCUACGGUGGAGGUUACGGUGGCUUCGACAGCUACAAUGGUUUCAACAACUACUGUUUUGGCAACGGCAUGUUUGAUGAGCGAGUGAGAGGAGAGAGGGGAGGAAGAGGGAUGGGUGGCCACGGUUACAGUGGUCAAGGUGAUGGUUGUUCAGGCUUCCACAGCGGCCAUUUUGUCCAUAUGAGGGGUUUACCUUUCCGUGCCACAGAGGGAGACAUUGCUAAAUUCUUCUCUCCCUUGAAUCCUCUGAGGGUCCACAUUGAUGUGGCUAUUAACGGCAAGUCGACUGGAGAAGCAGAUGUGGAGUUUCGCACCCAUGAAGACGCUGUGGCAGCCAUGUCCAAAGACAAGAACCACAUGCAGCAUCGCUAUAUUGAGCUGUUCCUUAACUCGACUGCCAGUGGAGCAGCUGAAAUGAGUCGUGGCGGCGGCGGUUACUACAGUAACUCAGGAGGAGGCGGAGGCUCACGGAGCAGCGGGCUACGGGGUGCAUACUGAGGACGUCAUCCCACUCUUCCAAUCCAUCCUGACGUUUGUCUCGCGACUCUAUAGGCCACAUUUACUCAGUUAAUGUUUCUGAGCAGGAGAGCUGAUCUGAAUCCUCUCAUUGGUUGUGAAAGAACCGUUCUUUAUAUUGAGUCUGUUCAGAUACUAGAACAGACCAGAUAUGACCUGAACAAGCACUAUGAUCACACCAUUCCUUAAAAGCAUAUGAAGAACAAAACAACCUGUUAUUGCCAAAAUGCUGUUUGUUGGUGCUGAACAUGGUUGAUAGGUCAUUUUGGAGAUUUCUUGUAAUAUAGUUAUGGAUGGUUCACAUUUUCUUUGGAGCCCUGAUUAGAAUCAAACACCUGUUCUUUUAGCAGAGUUUUAAAUUGCAUUGGGAUACACUUUAUUUGGUCAUUUGUCACAUGUCACAGUUGGUAGUUGGUGUGGAUGCAGCAUUGAAACAGAAUUUUAGGAGGCACAGAUUAAAAACUGGGAUUUGAUACGCAACAAAAGAAUCAUACAGAUUGGCACUGCGCUGAUGGAGCAUGGUCACUUUGAAUUACUUAGUUAUAACUGCUUUAACGCAACAUCUGAACAUAACCAGCAGCUCUCUUGAUAAGAAAUUCAUAUUUUUAUAUUAAUGGUUUUUACAAUCUUUGUUUAUCCAAGUUUAAACAUUACUUCAGCGGAAUAUUUGACCAUCUUGUAAGACGCAAAUUCUCACUGGAUUUCACAUUCGCUUUCCUGCUUUGAAAAAAUGUGCUAAAUGUGAGCCAGUGUGUUUUUUAUGAAUGUUUUCACAGUUCAUUACAGAAGUUUAAAACUAAGUUGAAUAUUAUAUUCCACUCUCAAAGAGUGGAAGUAAAAAUAAAGCCUCUAUAUUUGAGCUGUAAGAUAGCUUAUGCAGCUGUUGUACAUUUUGCCUAAUAAAUUUUAUAUUUAAUUCUC